UAUCGAAUGAGUAGGAUACCGGAAAAUCAUCUAUUCAACAUAGAUGGCAGCGUUUUGGAAGGGGGCGGUCAAAUCCUGCGAAUGGCACUAUGCUUCAGCGUGCUCACGAAGACACCAGUGCGAAUUAGCAACAUUCGAAAAGGUCGUAAAAAGCCUGGACUAGCAGCACAGCAUCUGGCCGGAGUGGAGCUGAUGCGCGACAUUUGUGCGGGCAGAGUGCACAAAGCUGCGCUCGGUUCAACGGAGAUCGAAUUUUACCCUGGGCAUAUAGGGCACGGACGAUUUGUCGGACACAUUCAAACCGCCGGAAGCAUAUCCUUGUUGAUGCAGGCGGCACUACCUGUGGCUAUUUUUAGUUCUGGUCCAGUGACGCUGGAUUUGCGAGGAGGUACCAACACGGAUCUUGCUCCACAGGUAGAUUUCUUGACAGAAAUAUUUCGUCCCAACAUGGAAAGAUUUGGUGCCAGCUUCGACUUCGAUCUGAUACGCAGGGGUUACUUCCCUAAAGGCGGAGGACAGUGUGUCGUGGAAGUAAGGCCGGUACAAUCCCUGCGCCCCAUCAGCUUGGUUGAGAUGGGUCGUGUGAAUAGAGUAUUUGGGUGGAGUUUCGUCGCUGGUGUGCUCCCGUUAAAGAUUGCCCAUGAAAUGUCUAGCGGAGCCAAAUCUAUUCUGGGCCAAACGAAUGGCAAUCGAACAGAUAUUGAAGUCUAUAAAGAGAGUAUAGACAUGGCACCAGAAGGAAACUGUUCCGGUAUCAUUGUUGGCUGUGAAACAAGCACUGGGGCCAUCCUGGGUGGCUCGGCACUUGGAGAGGCAAGGAAGAAAAGUUUUCAAAGUGGCGAAGAGGCUGCACGUGAAAUCUAUAGCGCCAUCAUGGCUGGUGCCUGCGUUGACCGACAUGUACAAGACAUGAUGAUUGUUCUGAUGGCACUGGCUGACGGCAAGAGUCGCAUCCGCACAGAACCACUGACGAUGCACACCCGGACGGCAAUCUAUGUGACGGAAUUGAUGACGAAGGCCAAAUUUAACAUCAUUGAAGAGAACGGACAUAAUGUGAUCGUCGAGUGUGACGGUAUUGGGCUUCGUAAUGUAAAUCUUUUGAACUUUACAAGACCGCAUUGAGCAGGACGGGG